ACAUAUUUUAUUUAUCACAAUAAUAUUUUUCAUAACAUAUACAGUACGAAGUUUUCAAUAUUGCGGAAGCUUAACAAAUCAUAAUCACAAACAUAAUUUAUUUAUGUUCUUUAAUUCAAAACCAUAACAUUCAUUUCGACAAUCUCACCUCCGUCUGCCUCCAGGAUCACGUCACUUCAUUCUUUCUAUUAACCUGCGUGUAGCAAAUAAAACAUACUACACGCUCAGCGUUGAAGCUGAAUUCGGUUUGGAGGCUCAUGGGCAAAGGAGGUAAUAGAAUCUCUUUUAUCUCUUUCCAAAACUGGUUCCAAGUUCGGUGUCAGAAUGACACUUUAUUGGAGCUGCGUACCGUCGCUUUGACUUGCUGGGCAAUUUAGAAAGCACGUAACAUUGCCAUUUGGGAUCAUAAGACACUGCAUCCAGGAGAGCUCAAGAAUAUGGUGUUGUCCAUGGAAGCCCAAUGGUCAAACAAGACUGUUGCAGAGCGGGAGCGUACUCCACAGUGGCACGAGGUAAGUUUGCGGGCAGAGGCAUACAGGUGUUUUUUUGAUGCUGCGACAUCAAUUUCGGAGGAGUCCAUCUCCUUCGGCUGUGUCCUUUUUGAUCCAGGAGGUGCCUUUGUGGCAGCGGCAAAUGGAGGAAAACUUGGGCCUCUAGAUCCUCUUUUGGCGGAAGCUCUCGCUUGCAAGGAAACAUUAUCUUGGUUGCGGAAUCGAGGCGAGACGAGGCACGACCCAACCCGGCAUAGUAGCAGCGACGACGAGGAGACGACUCAGGUGGCGACGAGGCACCCCAAUUCCGGCAUGCUGACCAGCGACAAUGAGUUCCACUAGGCUGGUCUCCCAAUCUUCCUAUAUACAACCCGCCCAAAAUCUUUACGCGUGAACGGUAAGAAAGUGCAAGACAACCGAUAGGCCGAGAGCAUUGCUCAAAAACUUCUCAACCGCUCAUUCUUUUCACCCGAUCUUCAUCACAUCCUUCGUAGUGUCUUCCUUUUACGUCUACAGCUUUUAUGCUUUCAUCACAUCCUUCGUAGUGUCUUCCUUUUACGUCUUCAGCUUUUAUGCUCAUAAUUCCGCAACGAUUGAAGCUGGUUCGUUGGUAGAAGCCCGUAGAUAUAUACGCCAUCAUUUUACAAAGUAAUUGGGACCCAAUUGAAGAACGAGAAGAAGAAGGGGUCGGAUUCACUGCUUCAAGAAGAGGCAUAUAUGGCGACGAAAGUGGUAGGUCGGAUGCUCAUGGUUUCACGCGAUGACAAUGAAAGAACAACAAGAGAAACUCAUAAAGGUGGAACCACAUC